CGGAGCUGCGCCCGUCCUCUGUGAUGAUCGAUAGACGGAUGCAGGUAGCCUUCCUCCCCUACACACGCAGCAUCACCACGCAUCCCUUUACUCCGCUGUGCAGCUUUUUCCUCCCCAUCGGCGCACAUAUACGCACGCUGGGAGCUCCUGCCUAUUGAUCCCUGAACAUCUGGAGCAGCUGAAGGCAAGCCGCAAAAAGAGGAGAGAUCCAGCAGCAGCAGCAGCAGCAGGACGGACCACUUGACAUCUUUCUUCACGGCAUCGAUAUGCGGUAGCGCGAUAUCAGCUCUGCGGAGACGGAGAAGGCCAGUCCAUGGCAUCUUGAUAUUAAAACCGUGGGCUUUGCGCAUUCCUCACUGACAGCACAAUCUUUUUUCUUCCUCUUUUUUUUUUUUUUUUAAAAUCCCACCUACUUCUUCUUUUUGAGUGGAAGAUAUAAGUUCAUCAAGAAAAAAAAAAAUCCCAAUCAUUUAGUUUGACCAGAUUCCGUUCUGUCGUGGGGGAUUCGUGGGGUAGGAUAUAUUCAUUGGCCCCGCGAUGGACUCCAGCGCGGGGGAAUAUGGCAUGGCUCGUUUUGGAUUGUUUGUGCUUUUGAUGGGGCUGUGGAGAUCCGGAGACUCCUAUUGCCCCGAAUCCUGCACAUGCACCAUCUCAAGGAUUGCUUGUAUUGAUCCUGAACCGGGGAUCGAGGAUUUCCCUGUCCUUACGUUAGAUGACAUGGAAAACAUCACCGAAAUAUACAUUGCCUAUCAAAACAGAUUAUUUGAAAUCAGUGACAGCAGUUUGCGGCACUACAUAAACCUCAGAAACCUAACGGUGACGAGGACAAGAUUGACAUCUAUAUCCUUAGAUGCAUUUUAUAACAACACAAAACUUCAAUAUGUAAAUCUCAGAGAUAACAAUCUCUCAAUGCUGUCAUGGAGAACGUUUCAGAACUUCAACGUUACAUCUCCGCUUCUUCUAUCUGGAAACCCUCUGGAUUGUGUUUGUGAGAACUUGUGGAUCAAACUACGACUCCAAGAAGACAUCGACAAUCUAGAGUUAACAUGCACUGAUGAAAGAGGAGAGACAAGGGACUUUGCCACACUCACUCCACCAGACUGUGUGGUUCCCAAAGUCGAGCUAAAACCCAAAAGUGUGACUGUGAAGAAGGGGGGUAAUGUUGAAGCUGUGUGCAGUGCCUCAGGCUCCCCUGUUCCAAUGAUCCUGUGGAACCUUGAUAUGAUCUUAUCCCCCUUCGAGAUGCCGGAGAUUGCCUGGGAACAGUCACUCACGCUCUUUGUUUCAAUCGGUGCUGUACAGCAUCAGCUCCCCCAGGCCAACAGCACCAUCCGAUACAUUGCCUAUCAAAACAGAUUAUUUGAAAUCAGUGACAGCAGUUUGCGGCACUACAUAAACCUCAGAAACCUAACGGUGACGAGGACAAGAUUGACAUCUAUAUCCUUAGAUGCAUUUUAUAACAACACAAAACUUCAAUAUGUAAAUCUCAGAGAUAACAAUCUCUCAAUGCUGUCAUGGAGAACGUUUCAGAACUUCAACGUUACAUCUCCGCUUCUUCUAUCUGGAAACCCUCUGGAUUGUGUUUGUGAGAACUUGUGGAUCAAACUACGACUCCAAGAAGACAUCGACAAUCUAGAGUUAACAUGCACUGAUGAAAGAGGAGAGACAAGGGACUUUGCCACACUCACUCCACCAGACUGUGUGGUUCCCAAAGUCGAGCUAAAACCCAAAAGUGUGACUGUGAAGAAGGGGGGUAAUGUUGAAGCUGUGUGCAGUGCCUCAGGCUCCCCUGUUCCAAUGAUCCUGUGGAACCUUGAUAUGAUCUUAUCCCCCUUCGAGAUUCACUCUAUGGAAACUGAGAGUAUCCUCAACUUGUCAGACCUGUCUCCUGAUGAUAAUGGCAGGGUGAUUGUAUGCAGCGCUGAGAACAUGGUCGGUCAGACUGAAGCCACGCUUCAGCUCAACAUUACUUUCCCCCCGACCAUCCAACAACUCUUGGGUCCUGAACGGGACCACCACUGGUGCAUCCCCUUCACUGUGACAGGAAACCCCAAACCUCAACUGCUCUGGUACCAUAGGAACGAGUUGCUCCAAGAGCAGGACUACAUCCGCACCAUGAUCCACGUGUCCACAGAGAACGAGGACCACGGCUGCCUGCAGCUGGUCAAUCCCACCCACAUCCAUAAUGGCGAAUACACACUAGUGGCAAAAAACGCACAUGGCCAGGAUGAAAAAACAGUAACUGCCCAGUUCAUUGAUCCACCAAACAUUAGUCCAACAGGUCAGUUUGCUUUGUGUUUUGAAAUACAAAUAUUGCCCAAGUUCCCUCCUCUGGACGACAGCGUUGCCGUAUAUGUCGUUGUGGGAAUUGCUGGUGUUGCCUUGACUGGCUGUGUCCUCAUGGUGAUCAUUCUGAAAUAUGGACGAAACUCAAGCUUUGGUAUUAAAGGCUCCUCCUCGGUAAUCAGCAACGACGAUGACUCUGCCAGCCCUCUUCAUCACGUCUCCAAUGGCAACAACACCCCGUCGUCCUCGGAGAUGGGUCCAGACGCAGUGAUCAUUGGGAUGACAAAGAUUCCUGUCAUUGAGAAUCCGCAGUACUUCCGUAACUCCGGUAGCAUGCUGAAACCUGACACGUUUGUUCAGCACAUCAAAAGGCAUAACAUCGUGUUAAAACGGGAGCUGGGAGAAGGAGCUUUUGGGAAAGUCUUUCUUGCGGAGUGCUACAACCUGGUGCCGGACCAUGAGAAGAUCCAUGUGGCUGUCAAGACUCUGAAGGAGGCCACCGAGAGCGGCCGCGCAGAUUUCUACAGAGAGGCCGAGCUUCUCACCAACUUGCAGCACGAUCACAUUGUCACCUUCUAUGGAGUGUGUGUGGAGAGCGAUCCCCUCAUCAUGGUGUUUGAGUACAUGAAACAUGGAGACCUGAACAAGUUUCUCAGGUCCCACGGUCCUGAUGCGGUUCUCAUGGCAGACGGUCAGCACAGUAUCCUGGUGGAGCUCACCCAGUCUCAGAUGCUGCACAUUGCCCAACAGAUUGCUGCUGGCAUGGUCUACCUGGCCUCCCAGCAUUUUGUCCACAGAGACUUGGCAACAAGGAACUGCCUGGUAGGGGAAAACCUUCUGGUCAAGAUUGGAGACUUUGGCAUGUCGAGGGAUGUUUACAGCACAGACUACUACAGGGUUGGCGGUCAUACGAUGCUGCCCAUCCGCUGGAUGCCCCCAGAGAGCAUCAUGUAUCGGAGGUUUACGACAGAGAGUGAUGUGUGGAGUCUAGGUGUGGUGCUGUGGGAGAUCUUCACGUAUGGCAAGCAGCCCUGGUACCAGCUCUCCAACAAUGAGGUGAUUGAAUGCAUUACACAAGGCCGAGUCCUGCAGCGGCCCCGUACCUGUCCCAAGGAGGUGUACGACCUGAUGUUGGGCUGCUGGCAGCGGGAGCCCUACAUGAGGCUAAACAUCAAGGAAAUCCACAGCAUGCUGCAGAGCUUGGCAAAGGCCUCACCUGUCUACCUGGAUAUAUUGGGCUGAUGCAUCAGCAGCUGUGUAUGUACUUUGUGUGCAUGUGUGCUUCCUACCUAAAUGGGUGUUUGGGUGCUGGAGAAUAUGUUAGGAUGCAGUGAGGGUAGGAAGAGAAGGCGGUGUGACUAAAUCAAUGUACAGAACCUGGUUGUAAAUGUGACUGUAAAAUGCAAACUGUCCCUGUCCUCAUUCCAUGAAGAUCAGCCUUAAAUUUUGAGU